GGGGAUAUGAGUAAAGCCGGUUCUGUUUCAGGUGGUUUUCAGGGAAAUGCCAGAACUUUUCUGGAAGGUUAGUUUAAAAGGAGAAUUUCUUUGACCUGCAGGCUGUUUUUCCCCUGAAGUCAUCGGGCCUCCUGCACCAUGAGGAACCAUGGCUGGUGUCCUCCAGCAGGUGGCGCUGACGGGUAACCUGGCCGUCUCUAUCCGCCAGGUUCUGUUUUACUUCCAGAAAUGAUCCGUUUCUGCUGUGAAGGUUCGGUCCGGUUGGUUUCCUGGAGGUUUGCUGGACCUCCAGGUGAGGCAGGAACCUGCUGAUGAAGGUGAAGCAGACGCUCUGAUCCAAUCAGGGAACCCAUGAUGGAGCCAAUAUUUACCUGCUGGGACUGAGAUAAAUUCAUCAGAACCUUAUCUGGGCCGUUCAGAACCCACCUGGAUGGGUUCAGUCCGUUUCCUCCAGACUUCUGCUGGUCUUCAUCAGCAGGUCCAGGACCUCAGAUCUGUUAGGUGGGUCACCUCCAGCUUUAGAGCCGUUCGGCCAGAACCGGACCGCUGGCGGGUCGGCCUGUAGCUGAGGGCGGAUCAUUCCAGCCCGGUGCCGGCUUGAUGCGUCUCCAGGUGGGCGGGGUCCACCUGGACAAGCCCCGCCCCCCGCAGGAUAAAGGCUGCGGCCGCCGCUCCGCCUGCAGCCUGCAGCAUGUGGCCGUCAGAGACGCUGAGCUUGACCCGCAGCCCGGAGAGCAACACCACCGGAGCCAUGGACUGGACCCAGGUGUACGAGGCCGUCAGGUGGAUCCAGCUGAUCAUGGCUGUGUUCAGCUGCAGCCUCUGUUCCAGCUCAGCGUGGCCGACCUGCUGCUGGCCGCCUGCUGGCUGACCGGCGCCGUCCUCUACUCCCAGAGCUGCAGCAACCUGAGCGUGCUCUGCUACAACCUGCACACCGUGGAGCAGGUUCUGUACAUGGCCUCCUUCUUCUUCACGCUGAACUACGUGUGGAACCUCUACACCGUGAUCAGAGAGAAGUUCAACAGCUGCUUCAGCGGAUACUCCGUCCAGUUCUCCAACAGAGUGUCUGUGAAAGCCAAGCUGAUCGCCGCCUUUUUAGGCCUGUGCCCCGCGCUGCUGAUGGUCCCCGUGUUCAUCCGAGGGAACGCCAGCCACUGCCAGGCCAACUUCACGGAGCCGUACAGGUGUCUGCUGAUGCACACCGGGGCCCUGUUCCUGCGGCCGGGUCACCAGCAGCUGAGCUCCACCUGCAGCGUCCUGCACGUCUACCAGAUCGUGCUCUUCCUGGGCUCCUUCCUCGUCACGCUGCUCGGCAUCACGGGCCUGGUGGUCAAAGCGCGCUGCAUCCACAGGCGCGCCGUGACGGCCAACGGUUACCUGGGCAACGAGCAGCGGGCCUUGUUCCGGGUGAUGGACCUGCGGAUGCUGCUCUACCCUCUGGUCUUCAUCUUCUGCUGGGGCCCUGCCGUGGCGCUGGCUUUCCUCCGGGUGGCGAAGCCCUCGACGGGUCACGGUGUGGUGGGAGGGUGCCUCUACAUAUCUGAGGCGUUCACCUCGGCCUCCCAGGGUUUCCUCAACUGUCUGGUCUACGGCUGGACCCGGCAGCACCUGCGACGGACCGGCCUGGUGCUCCUCUCUCAAGACGUGGACACCCAGACGCCUCUGCUGCGCUCCCAGCAGACCAGGAGCUACCUGGGCCCCGGGACCAUCCGCUGAGGGCCAGCUGACCACCGGGGGGGGGGGGGG